UACUUCCGCCCAGAUGUGCUUGCAAAUUUCCGCAUAUUCCCCACCCGAGCAGGGAUAACGGGCAUUUAGAAGCCCGAUCGGUGCGUGGCAACCGCUUUCUACGGCAUCAAGCAAUAUGUCACGGCUUCUGUUAAGGUUGAACGUGAGGGGCUGCAUCUCUCCUCAGAUUAGAAUGGCAUCAGAUCAGCUGGGUGAGUUAGGAAAGGGAGCAGGGAAAGGUGGAGGUGGAGGAGGCUCUGUGAGGGAAGCAGGAGGUGCCUUUGGAAAACGAGAAGCAGCAGAAGAGGAGCGGUACUUCAGGCAAAAGGAGAAGGAGCAGAUGGAAGCGCUGAGGAAGCACCACAGCGAAGAGAUUGAUCACCACAAAAAGGAGAUUGAGCGCCUACAAAAGGAGAUUGACCGUCAUAAGGGAAAAAUUCGAAAGCUCAAACAUGAUGACUGAGCCAUCACAAUAAUGAUCAAAUAGUGAUUGAUCUAGCCCGUUAUUUUCAAUGCAAAUCCGACCAAUAAAGUGAAACUGCAUGGGA